UCAGACCCACUGUACACAUGAUCAAGUGAAAAGGACCAUUCAAAGUCAAAUGUCCAUGUUGAACUUCUUGGUGAUAAAGUGGUAAAGGCACCAAUGUUCAGAAGUAUGUUCAGCGUCUUGGUCCGUUUCCCGGACUACAGUCUGUGCUUGGAGGGCAAAGAUCCAGUGCUUCCAUUUAUUGACCGAAGGUGGAGAGGGAGGGCUCAGCAGCGCCUGGAGGCUCUUCAGCAGCUUGCUGCAGCUCAAUCUUCUCUUCAGAUACCUCGAAUUCCCUAUGAAGAUCCUGAAAUUAGUGGAAGGAACCGCUACAAAUAUUUUGCACAACCUCUCAUCCCUUCUAGUAAGCUGCUUCCACUCAAUGUUGCUUACGCAAUGGCAAAGACAGAGCCCUGUGUCCAUUCAGCUGCAAGAGACACCAAGGCCUUUGGUCCCAAGUUACGAACUUUGGGCACACAGACAGAUUACAGGGAUGGUGAAGCCCAGACGGAUCCUUAUUCCCCUGAAUAUGUAGUUCCCAGUGGCUCCAUCCCUGAACUUCUGACACUUGCUACACUCACCUGGGGUCGGGGGCUACCAGCAGGAUUAGCUGAGGUGGAGAUGAUUGAACGUGCCCGGGAAAAACGUGGAUGGGAAGCGACUCUUCCAGCCAUGGACAGUGCCUCACGAAUAGCGAAGAGGAAGAAAAUGAUGGACGAUAUGGAGAGGAAGGAGUGGGCCUUCAGAGAACAGGAAAUAGAGAAGUUGCAGGAGGUUCGACUGGAAGUCUUAAAGAAGCUGCUGCAGAGGCGAGAGGAGAAUCAGAAUGAGCUGGAUGCCAAGCGCUUGGAUGACCACUGGCAAAAUCAUCAGAAGGCUAAGGAAGAGAAAAUAAAAAAGAUUCAGCACGACUAUGCACUGAAGCUCAGGAAAUUGAUAGCUAAGAGGAAUAAUGUGAUGGGGAAGCUGGAGAGACGUGAUAUCAUCAAAGAAUAUACUGACUUUGCAUCACAAACAUACGCUCCUUUGUCUAGAAUUGGGUAUUUCCCAGACAACCAUUCUGAACGCUAUGUGGUAAAAAACUUCUAUCUUAACACAUUUGCAGGACUGUGUGAACUGGAAGCAUCUCUCCCAGAUUCUGUCACCCAGGUUAAGAUUAAAGCUCCAAAACCUAAGUACAUUACCACUAAGACUGGAUUUAUUAAAAGAUCAGCAAGACUAGAGGUAGUGCUGGCACAAGUUCACCAGGCACUACUGGAGAAGAAGAAUAAAGUCAAGGAGCCAAAGAAGCCCCUCCGUUUCCUGGAAAAAGUACAAAAGCCUGUUCCUCGGCCACCCACUCCUAUCCUGGAAAAACCAUCAAUUGAGGAAGAGGAAACGGAACUGGCAGUGAUCUGCCUGCAGAAGUUGCUCCGAGGCAGAGCUGUUCAGAACAUGAUGUUUGAGGGGAAGGAGAAGCGGCUGGAACUGAUCCAAGAGCUGCGCACCACUCACGCACUCCAGAAGGAUGGACAGCUGCUGUUGAAGGCAGAGAAGCAAAUGACACUGGCUCUACAGCAACAGCAUGACUUGAAAAUGCACAAGCUGUCAUCAGCUGAAAACCACUUGGCCAGGGAAGAAGGAAGGGUACUGGCGAACAUAUUUGAUUUCCUGUCCAAAGAGCUGGUGAGGCUGCAAGAAGAACGGAAGAUCCACGCUUUUGUCAUGCUGGCUGAGAGGCAGAGGCGGAUGCGGGAAGCAGAGGAGAGCGGACGUCGUGAGGUGGAAGAGAGGCGGCGUCAGGCAGAAGAUGAGAUUUUCAAACAGGUGGUGAAAGUGCACCAGAGCACUAUUGAAUCCUACUUAGAAGACAUAAUCCUGAGCAGCAUGGAGAGCACAGCUGAAGAACAAGCCAGGGAAGAGAUUCAGAGAAUGGCUGUAGAAAUCAAUGACAUUGCUUACGAAAUGGAAAGUCGCCGAACUCGCCUACAGUCAGAAGAGAUUGUAGCAGAGCUGGUUUAUGAUUUCCUGAUUCCAGAAGCUGAGAAAAUGGCAAUCAGAGAAAAAGUGAGGCAGUCCCAAAGAAAACACAUCCAUGCUGCUCAUCAGAUCAUCCACAGGCACACAGAGAGGGUAAUGGCUGAUCUGGCACUACAUCGGGAAACAUCUGCCAGCGAGAUCAAGGGCGAUCCUCCUGCUGGGACAGCUGCUGGACGCAGCGCAGCUGACAGCACUUGCUCUGCCCCAGUUGCACGUGAACUAGCUAAACCUCUGUGUGAAGAAAGCCCAGGAGAGACAGCAGUGAACCCUUCUGAUGGAUCAGACAAGGAUCCCACAGGCUGCUAG